AGACAACUUGCAAUGAUUUUAAUACAUUAAUUUUAUUCAAUCAUAAAAACAAGUACCUAACUUUUCCGCGAAAUGGCUCAUGCUAAUUCUUCAAGUUCAAAUCCAUUUCACGAAAAGUUCCGAUUAGCUAUUGAAAUCUUUGAACCAACCGAUGUGCUACUGUCUCCCACUUACAUGGUACUUAUCACGGCACUUUUCCUUGCGAGUGGGUUCAAAAAAUUGCUGAUACGAUCACACUACACCUACUUGGUGAUGAUAGGGCAUCGGCAUACUGAUUGGUGUUAUAAUUUCCACGUUCCCAGUCAUGGAUACCCUUAACAUGCUGCAUGUGGUGCCUCCUCUGAUUUCGGUCUUCUUUUGGCCAUCGAUAUUGCUCGGCAAAGGAAUCACAAUGAAUGUUCACAUGCUGCAGAAAAGCUGGCUACAGAUAGUGCUGAUGACGUGUGUUAUCUUCACAUUACAAGUCAAUAUUGUUGCCUACUUUGCUUUGAAAACUGAAACUGAAUACCAAAAUAUAGCUGAGAAUGAACAGGUUAGAUGGGUGUGCACUAUAUUUCUGAUAGGAGCAAUCACAUCAGCCAUAGACGCGCAACUGCUAACUGAAAUGAAAAAAUCGCAGAGCUCGAGUAAAGCACUGAUUUCAAUAAUGGAAGGGGAAGCGACAGCCUCGCUAAUAUUGGCCUUCAUGACUUACAGGCUGAGCGAUCAGUUAAUUAUGAAAGAUAUAAACCCUAGUGAAGAACGAGUACUAGCUUACGUUAUUAUGAUGAAAUGCCUCACUAAUUUCACUUGUGGGAUUUUCUUUGGAAUCGCCUGUGGAAUGGUUCUGACAUCAGCGUUGAAGUAUUUGAAGUUUGACGAAGCAUCAGAGGUGACAAUGACAGUGGCGAUGGCUCACAUUAUAGUUUAUCUUUCGCUCUCCAUGCCAUAUGGCUCCAGCACUCUAUCAGUCAUCGUUUAUUCAUUUUACAUGCAGACGAAACUUGUGUUCAAAGAAAUGACCAUGUCAGCUUUACAAUGGAUCACUCACAUAAUACAUUCUUUGCUGUCGUUAUGGCUUGGUGUAGUGAUUGGUCAUGACUAUACCGUGCGCUUAGCAUACGAUGGUAUGCACUCUUAUUGGAUGCCCGCUGCCUAUUACCUAUCAACUUAUGCUGUUCGUGCAGCAAUGUAUUUUUCGUUGAAGCCGCUGUUACAACUGAUGGGCUACGGCAUGACUUGGAGAGAAGUGACCAUUGCCACCGUCUCUGGAAUUAAGGAGUUCGUAUUCGUUCUGCCUCUAUCAUUCAUCAUCACACAAACUAAUAUCUCUUCCAACGUGUACUCUUUACAUUCACGAAUGUUCAAUAAUCUUUCAAUAAUUUGUGCCCUAUCUUAUUUGAUCAAUGGAUUGGCGUUUCCAUAUGCAAUAAAAGCUCUAGGGUUUUCCGAUGUACCCUUAUCAAGAAAGAUCAACAUGUACAGAGCAGUACAGUUCAUUGCUACAACUAAACAAAGAACAAUGGAUAAUUUGAAGACAGUGCAACAAACUGCGGAUGCCAAUUGGAGUGUUGUAGAUGCACACACAACAGUUACAAAUCCUUUCAAAAAUUUUCAAGUUGAUAACAGUGACAUGAGAAACAGUGACGAAUCUUCAUCCAAAGAAUACAAACCAAGUGAUCUACUUGAAAUGCAGUCUUCUGACAAGUCUAAUUGGAAAAUGAGGCACGAUUCGCCGCUCAGACGUGAAAUACUUGAGCGAAUUUUGAAAAUCAGUAGGGUUUUAUGCAUGAAACAAUACGAACAAAGACUUAUAAAUCACGAUAUAAUGAGGCGAGUGAUGAAUGCUAUUGACCAGGGCAUUGAUGAACGCGACAAAAUAUUCAAAAUCAAAUUCAUCAGAAGCAGUUGGGUUCCAAACCAAAUCCUCCUCCUGCUCAAAACUAAGGCAUCCCUAUUUUUGAAGCCAGUACCGAAAACUGAGUACUACAAACCUUCCAACACAAUACGAGACAAAGUAUACCGUUUUGUACAGAAACCAGCAUACGAUUCAGUUAUCUUCAUAGUGCUUCUUGUGAACGUAAUUGUGUCAAUUAAAAAAUUGACACUCCAGUACUCAAUAAAUUAUACAACCGUGCCACUACAGUAUGCGAUGGUUGAUAUUUUAUGUAUGCUAGUCUACCUCAGUGAUAUAGUUCUAAAGAUUACUGCAUUUGGUGCAUCGACAUUCUACUCUUCGAAUGUGUACAAGCUGGACAUUUUGUCAACGGUGCUUUCCACGAUUGAGGUCAUUACUUCCUACUUUUCAAUCAAUCGAAGAACUAAGAACCACAUUCUUAUAAUGAACACCAUGAGCUUUCUGCUCAAAAUAUUCAGAUGUGUCAUCUAUGGAUUUCUCAGUGUCAGACAGAUAGCUGGGGCUACUAUAACCACCAUAGUUGAGAACUACAUUCUGAGACAACUGCUGUUUGGAUACCAUGUUGGUCGUACUUACCUGACCAUCAUUGACGAGAUACAACAGCGCAUGCUCCAAAUUGUCGACAACGUAUUUUAUGUGAACGAUAUCAAUUUGCUGCUGGAAAACCAAAGAUUGGAACUGAUGGAAGAACUAGGACUUCUUCAGAUUGACUUUCCCAUAGUGGCAAUCACUGCUAAGACUCAACUUGCCAUGCUCACCGUUAUUCAAGAAAUGAAAUGGACUGUUGGCAACUUGGCUGAUAAUGGAUUGAUUGAUAAGAGUGAGCAACAAAUUCUGAUGGCCGACUUGACUAAACGGCAAGUGGAGUGCAUGAAAGUAGGCUUCAUAUCACCGCGCGACUCCAAUUCAUUCAUUCAGGACAUCAGCUGGCUAGAAGGGGAAGAACUUAUGGCUGAAUUCCUAAUGAGAAAAACUCAAAUACUAUCUUUCCUCUCCGAUGAGUUUCUAAUCAUGAAAGGCGAAAAACCGAAAGGCGUGUACAUUCUAGUUGCAGGCUUGGUGAAGACAUUCUAUGAGCCUUCGGUCUGGACAAUUGAACUAUCUGAGAAGUACGGUCAGUUACCAAACUGCGAUUUCCUGAUUCAUCUAAACUUCUCCACUAAACAAGAUGACAUCAUAAUUCCCGGAAACGUAUUUGGAGAGAUAGGACUUCUAACAGGACAGCCCUACGAUUAUUCAGCUAUUGCGUUUGCUGGGUGUCAAAUCUAUUUUAUUGCAACAGAGUGGGUGAAGAAAAGCAUGGAGUUUCAGUCAGAUUCAAGAACCAGCUUGGAAUCACGUAUCUGGAAAUCUAUUGCGAGACAUAUUGCCUUACUCAUCACAUCACCAAUAUCUGUGUCUGGAAGCACAUCCGGGUAUGAAAUAAAAAGGAAUUUGCGCAGAGGCUUUGUUCCCAACCUGCAGUACAUUGACAGCAUACCAUAUUCAGAGCUGAUCAGAGAUAUCUAUUUGAUUCAAGGCAUUGCCUACGACAUGAAAUUUGGAACGAAAUAUGUGGCGCCCUGCUUUAUUCCGCCUACAGUCAAACUUCUCCAUAUAUCGGAUGUGUACGACGUGGACGACAUGAAGAAGACGACAAAGCGGUCUCUGAGCUCUGGCAACUCGAUCUCGAAGGUGCGCGUGAUCCUGUUCGUGGUGCCGGCCGAGGGCGUCGAGGAGUGGGAGAUCAUCAAGGAGAUCAUGAACAGCCACGAGACGCCCACCGUGCUCAAGGCGGCCAAGAAGUCCCACAUCAAGCUGCAGGGCACUCGGCCGAGUAUCGAAGAUUCUCGACAUGUCUCCUCGCUGCUCGACCUUCGUAACUGGUCCGAUGAGUCGCUUAACAAGUCUACCGACCGACAUUCGAUAAUGUCCAGACAUACUCAAGACAGUGGUAAUAGUCCUUUUGAGCAUUUAAGGCCACAUGCAGGGCCUGCGCCUUCCACGGCUGUUCAGAUGGAUGAUGAAACCUUGAUUAUUAGAAGAAGGAGAGUGUUGGAUGAUUUGGAAGAAGAAGACGUUGAAGGUGAAAAAGGAAGUGAUGAAUCCUCAGAAAAAGACAAGGAUGCUAGAUGACAAUAUUGAGGAAAGAAUUUUCAAUAUCUUGAAAGAAGUACAAUGAGACUCCUUAACAGAAGACAAUGCAAAUGAAGUUUUUCAGCCUACAAAAAAUUGUUUUCCAAUAUUCUAUAAAUACUUUGAGAGCUGGGAAAAUAUGAUCUUCAUCAUAUUUUCAGUUCAUCUUUAUAUUUUUCUAUCAAUUUUUAGCAGUUUUGUUACCUUUUAAUCUAUUUUGAGUAUUACUUGAAUUAAGCUAUCCAAUCAGUGCAAGCUUAUUGGUCUAUAUUCUUUCAUAUAUUUAUGAUCCUGAAAGAAGGUAUUGUCUAGCAAUUUCAAUCUGUUUUUGUAUAUCUGUUGCAAUUCAAGUUUAUUUUCUGAUUAAAAUAUUAGUUUCUUAAACAUUUGUUUCCUUCAUAUGAAAUAUUUACUGUGUUGAGUUAUAAACCGGACAUGAACUUCUUUUAUUUCUAAAACAGUUCUUUGAUCUUCCACACAUAAGACAGUUAAUUCGAUAUACAUAUAUUUUUCUCCAAAAAUCCAGUGUUUCUGAUUCUUGGUAACAUGUUUUGAGACCUAUUUGAGAAAGCUUGUUGGAAAAUGAUUGAUAUGUAACAUGAACAUGAAACAUCUGUGAGUGAUCGUUACAUAAACACAGUUUGUUGCAAGAUGUGCUCAGAUUUGGCUUUUAGCCACAAUAUGGCGCAGCCAUUAGCCUUUAGCCGAAUCCAUUGAGUUUUGUGCAUGCUUAUUCGUGGACCGUGGAGCGUGGAAUGGCACAAUUCUUCCCUCAAAUGAUGCGUGUCCAUUUUUCUCUUUCCAUUUUUUGUGCCCACUUUCUGGUGUGUUGUCGGCUAUUUCUGUGCAUUUCUUUGAAGAAUGAAACGUGAUCUCGCUGAACACCUUCAAAAUGUUCGUUUAGUUGGACUGAAGAGAGGGACACAUAAGUGAUAAUGGCUUCAAAAAUAGAUUUUGUCACCUCUUUACUGACCAGCUGAACUUCUCCGCUUAGCCAUGGGGAAAACUAAUGGAUCGGCCUCCUCAAAAUAAAUUUAUUGUCCGCGGUGUAAACUUGAGUAAAAUAUGUGAGUAUCAAACUGACUUAUGUAAUCUCUGUAGAUGCUGGACAUAUCAAAAGGGGAAUUUUCUUUCUCAAAGCUCAGAGUUCCAAUUGCAUGGUUCCUCACAUAAUAUUAUAAACAACUUAUGUACCGUAUUAUAAUCUUCAAUAAUGCUGGUAACAGGAAAAAUUCAAAUAACUAUAGACAACAUACUCUUAUAACUUUUGUGUGCAGGAAAAAUUCAAAUAACUAUAGACAACAUACCCUUAUCACUUUUGUGUGUAGGCCUACUGUAUUAGAAUUUUGUUAGGAAAGUUACUUUCAAUAUCUGCUCAGAAAAUCUCUCAAUGAAAUAUCAAUUUUUCAGGAAAAAUCAA